GCUAAUCGGUCAGUGCCAGUCUGCCAGUCCAAUCCGCCUGCGCCUCGGUGCUCGUCGAGUCGAGUCGCCCCGUCUGCGUCCGUGCCGCCCCAGCCACCCCUGCCGGUGCCGGUCCCCGUCCCCAUCGGCCACAUCCCCCAGCUGCAGCUACUGCAGCCCGCCCGUUCCGCCGUCGCAGUGUCUGCAGUGCCUUGGCCGCCCCGAACAUUCACCCCCCGUUCUUAUGUGUAUGGUGACCGACGCCGUCGUCGCCGAGCCGGGCGUCGCGCCCUCCCCUCCCCCCACCCCGUCCCUCUCGCUCCGGCAGCUCAAGGACAUCCUGUUUGACACCUGUACAGGCUGCCACCAGUCGCAGGCCCAGGACGACAUGAGCGCCAUACCGCACGGGGUGCUGGCGGCACGGGCAGUGUCCGCCAACAACGCCAAACGGGUGGACCCCGGCAGAUCUGAAUUAGCUUGCGAAGACCCUCCCCUGAAGUACAACAGCAAGCUAAUGAAUUCCAUCUGGGGCCUGUACAAUCGUUACUCCGUGCACAACUUCAAAAAGAAUACGGAUGGGGAAUUCAUGAAUAAUAAUUUGGGGAGCCAUCAGCAGAUGCUUAUUACUGUCACUGCUGCGGCUCCCCUGAGCGGUGCUCUCCUGAACGUGCAAUGAGUGCAGAAGGGAAAAGCACCAUUAAACAAGGCAGCGAUGCGUCUUCGGCGGGCUGUCUCAUAACCAACACAUCAUCAAAUUGUACCUGUACCGCAUUUUCUCAAAUCGAUUAAAAUUCUUUAUGACUGACA